AUGCUCAUCGGAUUCAGCGUGGUCGGUUCUAUUGGAAUCAUUCAUGUAUUUCUGAAGAUUUUUAAAAUUUGAAACUGUUAAAAUUGAUUAUAAUGAAAAUGAAAAGGUUAUUUGAAAAUAAUGAAGAUAAUUUUCAUUAGAAUCGGCUGGAAAUUGCGCUCUAUGAACAACAACCAUCUUUAUCUCCGUUAUCUUUAUAUCGAUUAAAUUAAGAAAAAUUACACUAUUUUUUUAUUUUUCUGAUUAUUUCCAUUGUGUUCAGCAUGCCUGGUUCAAUUGGUUUCUUUUGGAAUCCCUACUGAAAAAUUUUUUUAUAAGCGAAAUCAAAAGUGAGGACAAAUUAGCAUAUUACUAAUUUUUUUCUCGUAUUCAUCGUGCUCCAUUCUAAUUAAUUCAUUUAUGUAUUUUUUAUAAAAUGCUCUGUAUCAUAAAAAAAUAAUCAACAUAAUGUAAGAGAUUCAAAAAUUGGUAAUAACUAAGUUUAACUCUCGGCAACGAAGGAACAAAAUAAAAUGAAAAACUCAAUUUCAGCCUUACUGAAAAUGACAGAUUCUCUGAUUAAAACAACCAAAAUCGCAAAAAAAAAACUUUUAACGAUUUCAGGAGACACUAUCGGCUGUUUCGAUUGAUAAGGAGGUGCCGAAACCGUAUUGUUGCUUUGAAAAAGAGCCAGGCUUGGGACUACAUGGGGAAUACGGGAUUGCGUCCGACCCAAUCGAGGUUUUGGAUUCGAAAACUCUGUCGAUUGCCGGCUUCAGCUACAAGGCAUCACGGACGCCAGGUGAAUAUUUGCUCACAAGUGCAAAAAUAAGAGUGUGGGAGUGGGGGUUUUGGUUUUGUAAACAAAAUGACGUUUCACAGUUCAUUUAGAAUGUUCAUUAGCUUGGGAUGGAGAAAGGUUCAUUCAAUGUUAUUUUUAAGGAUUUUUUAGAAUUUCUUAAGAAAAAGAUGAGCAAGAACCACGAGGUUUUCUAUUACUUUCAAAUUAAAGCAAAAAAAUAAAGGAAUCAAAGAGCUACUUUAUUAGAAUAACCUUUUUGAGAAUAGACUAUCGAAUAAAAAAAGAUCUUGCUCAAAAAAAACCUUUUUCUGAUUAUUCAAAGCCUUCGAAUCGGCUGUUAAAAAAAGAAAAACGCCGCCUCUAGCACAUAAUCAAGAAAAAAAGCAUUCAGCGCUUCUGUUUCCUUUUUCCUCAUUUAUACCACCAAAUUAACCCUUAUCUAUUUAUAAACUUUGAAAUUCAAUUACAAUGUUUACCAGACAUUCUCAACUUUCAUUUCAGAUGGUUGGUUUUUCGCCGGGCAAGGAGACCAAAUCGAUCAAAUGACUGGCAAAAAAGCGCUCAUUGUCGGCAAGGACGAACCGCACAAGUACUUUCGACGUUAUUUUUUUAGAAAAAUUUUUCUAAAUCGGUAUUUAAUGUUUUAAAAAAACUUAAACGAAAUAACAACGCAAAAAAACACUUUUUUUAACUUUAAGGAAUUUCUCAGUGCUUUGUUAACUGGCCUAAAAUGAGUAAUUUCAAUAAAAUAUAAGAAAAAAAUAAUUUUUCCAGGCACUGCGCAAUGAAAGAAGACAUCUCGAAUCAAGAUUUUAUCAUCCGUUUGGCGGGAAAUCAAACAAUUUACGACAUCGAAUGGCUCAGCGUCUUCUGCUACCGUUUUUCGCACGAUUUUGGUCACAUCGAGCUCGGAUUGGUUGAGGACGAGUAUUUGGUUCCUCCGUUCAUCCCAGAAGUCCGAGAAAGUGCCCCGCAACGGAAGAAUGUUGUUUUAUGCUGA